AUGACCAAAGCCGAAUUAGGUCAACUAAAGUCGUUCAAGCCCUUGCCUGGAAUAUACUCAAUGAAUGAAUCUGUCCUCUCUUCAUCAAGCUAUUUUGGUUUUCAGACGGCAAUCGCAUACGCUUUUGCAAGUCCAACCGGAAGACCGAAAUCAAAGGUUCAAUUUUAUAGGUUCGGAUGCACUCCUUUGAUACAAUAG